AUGGUCCGCAAAGGAAGCCCCAAAGUUCGGACUGGAUGCAUCACCUGCAAAGCCCGCAAAGUCAAGUGCGACGAGGCUAAGCCGAUAUGCAAUCGCUGCACCAGUACAGGCAGACGCUGCGAUGGCUACAGACCCGCUCGUCAAGGAACCGUAUCCCUACACCAGCCAAAUCAAGUCUUCCCGGGAGUCACCAAGGUCAGCGAAGGUCGAGCUCUACAGUACUUCUGCGAGAUAGCGGGACCAGUCAUGUCAGGAGCCGUGGAUCCCUAUUUCUGGACACAUGUCGUGAUGCAGUUCAGUAACUUCGAGCCGGCCGUCAGACACGCCGUCAUUUCCAUCAGCAGUCUCUAUGAAGAGGCUCAGGGCAAUUUUGAGGCUACUGCCACCGUACGGCACAGUAAUCAAAAUUUGGCCCUACACCACUACAAUGCCGCUAUUCACGAGUUGAGAGUCAUGGACUCUCAAGAAAAGCAGCCCAUAAUCUUGCUUGUUUGCGUUCUCUUCAUCUGCGUGGAGAUCAUGCGCGUCAACAGAAAAGCAGCACUGCAGCACAGCAGACAUGGUGUCGAGAUACUGAAGAGUAUCUCUCCCGACUACAUGUUCUCGUGGACCAUGGAGCACCUCCUACCGAUAUUUCGGCGGCUUAGCGAGUUCGCUCUUUUCUUCGGUGAAGAAGAGUCGGAUUUCCCUGACAUAAGGGCCCUAGAGGGACCCAUGCCGCAGUUCUUUCUCACUUUCUCAGACGCACAGCUCAUGCUCGAUGUCCUCUUCAAUCGAACAGCAGAGUUCAUGCGCUCACAGCGCAAUUCACAACGAGCCGCUUCAAAAUCGCCUGGACCCGAUGAUACCGGGACACCGCCCCCGAGUCUUCUCUCUGAGCAUGCUGCCAUCAACGGUCUCCUAGACCAGUGGUUCAAGCUUUACAAUGACUUCAUGGCUAUCAAACCCAAGGAAGCACCUACACAGAACAAUCAAAUCAUCAGCCGGUCAGACUCAGAUAGGCCAAAGAUGCUGCAAUGCUUUCUCUUGACUCGCUAUGAGUGCUGUUGCAUAUGGCUCAACAUGGCAUUCGAUACAAGCGAAGCCGGCUACGAUAGAUACAUCACCAACUUCCGAAGAAUCUUAAAGCGGCUUCUCUGGCUGGAAGCCGAGGUUCCAGAUCCUUUACGUUUCAACACUUCAAAACAUCCACACUUCAUCUUCGAAGCUGGCUUCGGCGCCAUGCUUUUCUUUCUCGUCUCAUCUUGUCGUGAUCUAGAAACGCGACUGGAGUUCCUACGGCUGAUGCCAGUGUUGGGUCUCCCGCGGGAAAAUCUUUGGGAAGCAGACGUCCUAGUCGCGGCUGCAAGGAAAAUCAUUGAGCUCGAGCACGACAUCAAAUUGGAUAUCAGUGGGCGGCCCGUGUCUUCACCAUCGUUUGUGCAGCCUCCCGGGGAGAUGAGGGUGACGGACCUGUGGACGGAAUCUCAAAUGAGGCCUGACAGUUUGCAAAUGGACGAUCAAGGUGUAUCUCAUCGAACGAUACAGGUUGUGAGGCGAGACUCCAAGGGCCAGACCUAUCUUCAGUCCGAGGAUCUUGUCGUCAAUGGUAGGAUGACUGGGUAG